AUGGCAGAGACAAUCCUUCUUCUGGCCAUUGAAAAGAUCGGAAUUGCCUUAGCAAAUGGAGCAGCAAAGCAGGCAAAUGCCAAGUUUGCUAAAUAUAGGACACAACUGAAAGAGCUUGAGGGUGGCAUGGGACGCAUUGUGACGGAGCUUAAUGUGAUGCAUUGUUCUAUCUGUCAAAUGGACAUACGCAACCGCAGCGAUGAAGCAUACUUAGCCUGGUUGAAAGAGGUGCGUAGGGUGGCACAUGGGAUGGAGGAUAUGGUGGAUCAGUACUUGUAUCUAGUUGGUCAGGAACAUGACACAACAGGGUGCUUCUUUUACCUGAAGAAAGGGUUCAAAAAACCAAAAUCUAUGUUUUCUUUGAGCACCAUAGCAUCCAAGGUGAAGGAAAUAGAGAGAGACCUGACACACCUAUCUCAAACAAAAGACCGAUGGGUUCCCAUGACGAACAGUGGGGACUCCAGGUACAUUGUCCAGAUGUCCCAAGAACUGGCAAGCAAUUCACUUUCUCUUGGUGAAGAAGGUCUUGUUGGCAAUGAAGAUAACAAGCAAAAACUUGUACAGUGGUUGGAAGAUGAUGAAUUGGCACGGUCUAUAAUAGUUCUGCAUGGCAUGGGAGGGCUCGGGAAAACCGUCCUCGCAGCAACUGUCUAUAAGAAAGAGCGAGAGAAAUAUAAUUGCCAUGCAUGGGUCUCCAUCUCACAAACUUACACCAAAGAGGAUGUUCUUAGGAGAUUGAUCAUUGAUCUUAUGGGCAAAGAGAAUGUUCCUGCUGCGUUCGCCACCAUGGAUUUCGCAGCCAUUCAAGAGACACUGAAGAGGCACUUGGAACAGAAGAAAUAUCUCAUUAUAUUUGAUGAUGUUUGGACUCCAGAAGCAUACACUGAUCUAUUUGGAGCACUCACUGAAAAUCGCAAUGGGAGCAGAAUAAUAAUCACGACACGAAAUUCUGAUGUAGCUCACCUUGCUACUCCAAAUAGGAUACUCGUAUUGGAGCCCUUGUCAAAGGAUGAGUCAUGGGUACUCUUUUGUAAGAAGGCUUUUCCAAAUCAUAAAUGUCCUCCAGAAUUGAAGACUUUGUCAGAACAGAUAUUGUGGAAGUGUGAAGGCUUACCUCUUGCGAUUGUCUCUGUUGGCAGUCUCUUGUUUGUGCGUGACAAGACUAUGGAUGAAUGGAGGCGGAUAAAUAAUCAGCUCAGCUGGGAGCUAAUUAAUAAUCCGAUGCUUGAUCAUGUAAGGAAUAUUUUGCAUCUGAGCUUCAUCUACCUUCCACCAUAUUUGAAGAGCUGUUUCCUAUUCUGCAGCUUAUUUCCAGAGGACUAUCUUCUCAAAAGGAAAAGCUUGAUCCGACUGUUGGUAACAGAAGGGUUCAUUGUAGAGAGGGGAGGAAGUUGCACAAUGGAGGAAGUGGCCGAAGGCUAUUUAAAUGAGUUGGUUCAGAGAAACAUGCUACAGCUUAUUGAGAGAAACUCACUUGGUAGGAUAAAGCUCCUUAGAAUGCAUGAUGUUGUACGUGAGCUGGCGAUAGAUUUGUGUCACAGAGAAUGCUUUGGUGUUACAUCUGAGGAUUACAGAGGUGGGAGAUUAGUCAACGGCAUCAGCGGUGGACGUCGGCUAGUAGUCCACAAACUCAGUAAUACGACUAAUGAGUUGAUUUCAAGCAUGCACCACCUUCGAUCUGUUAUUGUAUUGGACAACAUGAUGCAGAUGUCACAACCACAAUCCAUGCUACUACUAGCUUCAGUGUUAUGCAAUUCUAGAUAUAUCGCUGUACUAGAAUUAAAUGGGUUACCUAUUGAGCAGCUUCCAGAUGCAAUUGGGGAUUUGUUCAAUCUACGUCACUUGUCAUUGCGUAACUCAAGGGUAAAGUUCCUCCCCAGGUCCAUCGAGAAUCUUGUCAACUUGAUGAUACUGGAUCUAUUUAAUUCUGACAUACAGAAGUUGCCUCGAGGGAUUGCCAAACUCAAGAAGCUUAGGCACUUGUAUGCUGAGAAAAUUUGUGGUCUCUUCGAGAGAAAAUUCCCGAGUCGUAUCGCCCUGCGUUUCCCCAAGGAUGGUUUAUGCAAUCUCACAAAUCUACAGACACUGGUGGCAGUAGGAGCUGAUGAUUGCACUAUGCAUCUGUGGAAGCUUACGCAGAUGAGGACCAUUCGGUUAUGGGAUGUGAAGGUGGUCCAGUGCGAACAGCUCUGCGCAUCACUGGCUGAGAUGCAAUUCCUGUCCAGUUUAGCCAUUCAUGCAGUUGAUGAACAUCAGGUUCUCCAGUUAGACGGCCUUAAUCCACCGCCUUCUCAGCUCCAGAAGAUUUGUAUUCUUGGACGAUUGGCCGCAGGGACAAUAGAGCACUCCCCCCUCUUCCAAUUAAACUUGACGGAACUGUCUCUUCAUUGGACACAGUUGACAGAAAGUCCUGUGCCUUCCAUUACUACAAUGUCAAACUUGACAGUGUUGUGGCUUAACAGAGCAUUCAAUGGAGAGGAAUUGACUUUUCUCCCUGGAUGGUUUCCAAAGUUGAAGACCCUCUACUUGCAGGACCUGCCUAACCUCAAGAGUCUAGUGUUGCAUGAAGGCACCAUGGUGAACCUGGAAACCUUUUGGUUAGCACAACUUGAUAGGUUGACUGAGGUCCCACUUGGCAUUGAGUUUCUCGUACCCCUCAAAGACCUAUUCUUUAGGGAAAUCACUGAUGAGUUCUUUACAUCACUGUGUGAAUGCCCCAGAAUGUAUGGAAUGCGCUGGCAGUAUACCUUGCAACAAUGA